CUAACAUUUAUGCAAUUCUAACUUUUCUAUAGAGAAAACCAAAAAUAAAAAAAAACUUUUAUAUGGAGCAAUUAUAUUUAAAAGCUAGGAAGAAAAAUCAAACAACUUUGUUUCCUAAUUCAGAAAGUUGUCAUUCUCCAGGCUUAGGGAUUCAGGAGGUUGAGAAAAACGAAGAAGAGCAAGUCGUGGUUGGCGAUCAAGAGUAAAGACAGUAUCUUUGUCUUCCCAAUCCUCGUUCAUCUGAGAUAGACGAUCGCUGUUGCUUGUUAGGAUGUCUAGGCAGAGUCAGUUAUUUACGCUGCUUAGGAGAAGGUUUCAUUCACCUUCGUCUAGUGAUGCCCCAACGGAGACCUUAAGAAAAAGGAUAACUGAUUUGCAGAAAAGUAAGAAGCGAAGGAACCCAAUAAAGAACCAGUUUCUCGUUGAGGUUCCAGAAUCAAGAUCCUAUCUGGACACGGCAACGAUGCCUAUGUUCUUAGCUGUGGUCGGUAUUGCAUUGUUUGCAAAAGUGUUGAUGAUGAUUGAUGAUUCGAAAUCUCAAGAAAUGAUUGAACGGAAGAUAAAGAAUGCACCAGAAGGGCAAGGCACAGUGAGGAUGAUCGAGCGUGAGGAGUGGGAUGAGUUUAGAGAAGUAAGGCCAAGAACACCAUUUGAGUCCAAGCUUGCUCGCCCAAACGCGCAGAUAAGAACUGGAGAGCCUGUGCGCAAGGAUGACUUGAAGAACUGGACGAUAGACGUGCUAACAAAUGCGUUUUCGCGAACUGAAGAAAGUGUUCGUCGCGGUGGUUCCAGUUGAUUUUCAUGUAUUUUUCUCAGUAAUAUAUAUAUAUCCUGAGAAUCUUGUAGUCAAGAAAAGUUUUCUUAUGUGGAUAUCAGUUGUGUUUGGUUGUGAACUUGAGUGACAGGUAAUAAAGUGGCAAAACUUAUCUGGAUGUUUCGAUGUUAAUCAAUAUGAAAUCGGAAGAGCUCAAAAUUCACGCG